GUCUAACAACACCCUGUAACCAUGUUAAAAUUAAAGCACAUCCUCUUGCGGCUAACUGCUUUAUUGCCAGUUAAUUCUCGUAAAGUGGGCUUAAGUGUGCCAUCAGUUCAGUUCUUCCUGAAGCGGAUCUCUCAGAGCUGAGCGCAAGAAAGGAAUCCAGUCAACUCUGUAAAACAGGAACAAUAUAACACUAUGGCAAAACAUAAGCAGAGCACAUCCCUUUUCCCCUAGCAAAUAAUUGGCCUGUCCUCAUCAAUCAUUUUUGGGAUGCUGUGUUUGACGGAGUCCUGCUGUUUGAACGGUGUUAACUGAGACACUCUGCCCUGUUCCUGACCCUGAUAUAAAUCAGAGCCCCUAGCACAGGUUACACAGUCACACACUGCAAUGAGUCAAUAAACAUCUGCAUCGCUCAGAGCUCUUAUCAACCUCUCUGUAUCUCUCUGUGGCUUGCAGCACGGAGCUCCUUCUGCUCGUUGCAAUCUAACCACGUCAAGAAUGCUUUUGACAGCGUUUGCUUCAAGGCUGUUUAUUUGACGGACAACUGCUCUUUUAACAUUGUAGCUUUGUCCGCAGGCAAGUCAGCACCGGCCAUGCUCAGAGAUCACACCGGUCUCAUUCUAUAACAACAAUGAGCAUGGUUUCUAAAGGCAUUGUGACCGUGAUGAAUGGGACAGCUUUGAUUGUACGUUUGUAUGCGUGUGUAUGUGUCACCCGCAUGUUGCUCUCUCCAGUUUACAUUACCUACCUUGGUAUGAACAUGCAUAACCAUAGGUCGCUGUAUAAUAAAGCCAUUCCUUGUUCUCUAAUGCAGGUGGGAGUUUGGUGGUGGCCGAGUAGUCGGAUCGGAGCAAUGCCUUCCAUGCCAUCCGUCACCAGUGAGCCAUGUCAAAGGAGACGCUGGCAGGUGCUUGUAUGGGUUCUGAUGUCUCUGCUGCCCCUAGUGGCAGGGGGCAGGUCGCGUUUUCGGGUAGAAUCAGAAGCUGCGGUGGGAUUUGGUGCUGCAGGAGUUGAUGAUCCACCCUUGGAGGCUUUUCCAGAUGUUGAAGAAGAGCUCGAGGAGGGCAGUGACUCCCCGUGGCAUGGUCUCUUUGAGCCAUCUGUUCUUAUUGAAGAUGACCAGCAGCCAGCGCGAUGGGAACGUUCUCCUCGCUCACCGGAUACCUCUGACAUACAGACCAAAGGUGCACGCAAGAAAAAGAAGAAAAAAGAGAAGGAGGAAAGGAAGAGGAAAGAUAAAAGUAGCAGAGGAAGGCACAGCAGUCGGGACUGCCGUGUCGAGAAACGUGAGAUGCGUGUACGGGACCUUGAUAUGGGUUUCGAAUCGGACGAGAUCAUCCUCUUUAAGUUCUGUGUGGGCUCCUGCCAGAGGUCUCGGGGGAACUAUGACUUGGCUCUACGUGCUUUGCUGGCCAACGGUAGUCUGCCCAAGCGCACCGCCAGGAAGGUAAGCGCGCACCCUUGCUGCCGCCCCACAGGCUAUGAACCGGUCUCCUUUAUGGAUGCUACCACAACCUGGAGGACCAUCAAGUCACUCUCCGCAUCAGACUGUGAAUGCGUGGGAUGAGGUGUGCUGAAAGAGUGGAGGGGGAGCGUGACCUGAAGAAAUGGUGCAACGGUCAAAGAGAGGAAAGGAGGAACCAGGAAGCCUCCUGGGCCAUGGCUGCAGAAUAAGGUCGGGCUGGGUUGGCCGUGGUGUUAUGCUGUGAGGGAUUUUGGUUUUGGCUGUGAGUGAUUCACAACAGUCGGCACAUACAAACUUUCAUCACACCAAACCUCGACAGAAAAGUUUGAAUGGAGUCAGAAUACGAUUUGACCAAGUCAGAUGACGAAAGACUCAAUGUGAAGAGUUUGAGGAUGGAAGAACAGCAACACUGGAUGGUCCAUCUGAAUAGCUCUAUAAACAAAAACUACAUGUUAUAACUCGACACGCAUUUGCUCACCAGGAGUUUCAUCAGACUUGGAUAAAGCAUGAAAUCCUUUUUCAUUUGUCAGCCAUUUGUUGAUCCUGGAUGUCAGUGCCCAUUUUCCUGGCCUUCGAUCUGGCAUGUUAUUUGUUUCAGCCAGACUAGCAACAUUCGGAUCGUUCAUUAUUAACAGCACAUUAUUGCUGCAAUUACAAUGUAAUUGCACAAACAUAUGUGGAGUAUUAUUAAAAGUUUAGCCCACAGAAAACACAAAGGCCAGUUAGUAUUACCUUUCAGCUAGAAGGUUGAAUUUAGUUGCAGUAGGAUUUUCAUUUCUCAGGAUUUUUACAGGACUGAUAUAUGAACUAUUUUCUAUCUUACAUUUUUAAACCUUUUUAAUAUCAUUAAGUAAAGGGUUUUAAAAGGGUUAAUGUUCCACGAGGCCAGUUUUUAUACAGAAAGGAGAAUAUGAAGUGAAUUUAAAUAACCACUGGGACUGUCUAGUCUAGUUGAAAGUGCAGUAGUCCCAUCCCGCCCAACCCCCCAGGGUAUUUAAGCUGGUACAUCAAAUAUUAAUAGAUAAACUACAAAUAAUUUCUCACUGGUCUAAAGACUGCAUAAAAGGUGCAUAAAGUAAAAGUCAGUUCUUUGUUCAUAGAUUAUGUUUCCAAUAAAAUAAUGAUUCUGCCAUAGUUAUGGCCUUACAGCAGGAGUGUCCUUGAGGGCCAGUGUUCUGCAGAGUUUAGUUCCAACUUCCUUUAACAUUCCUGCCUGGUAGUUUCUAGUACACCUAGUCUGUUUCUCAAUUUCGCAGAGAAAGUACUUGCGUUCUUGUGAAGACUGGUUUUGCCAGGUCACCUCGAAAGAACGAACUCGGGAGAUCCAUUAGAAUCUGAGAAAUGAAAUGCUGCGUUCUUCCUGAUGGUCACGUGACCUUCACACAUGUUUAACUAAAAAUUAUUUAAACAUCACAGCAUUCAUACACUGAUUUAUUGCUUUUCCUCUUUUCACGAUAUACACUAUGCAUAAGGACCUUACAAAUAUACAUUGCACAAUACAAAUAAAACAGAUUUUAAUACAAAUUUCAGCAAAUAAACUCUCUUAAUGUGUUUAUUCCAUUAUUAAGAUUUUCAUUGGAAUGUUUCCUUUUCAUUGUCAUUUAGGGAAACUCCUGAGGCAAAUAAGUGAUAUCUCUGGACCUUAAUAACCAAUCUACAUAAAAUGCUGCACUUCCCAUCUCCAGUCGUAACGGCUUUUGGGACUUCUAGAGGGAGUUCGCUACUCAAAUCUACAUCGACACAUCCUUGAUACCAAGAACACAUUCGGGAACUUUCACGCGUCCUCUGUUCUUGAGUUUUGGAACUGAACUUUGGCAGUUGAUGAUGACGUUACACGAGAACAUGAGGACGCAAGAUUGCUGA